CUUCCACCUAUACUUAAUUUGUUAUCUCCAUUGUUACACACACACACACACACACAUCAAUUUAAUAUCAUCUUCCACCUAUAAUUUGUUAUAAUCUCCAUUGUUCAAAUCAUGCAGCAAAAGAUAGUUAUAAAGAUAAAGUUCAAAUGCAAAAAAUGCAGAUCCAAGGCCAUGACUAUUGCUGCCAUGACAUCAGGUGUGUGCUCGGUGAAACUCGAAGGGGACGAGAAAGAUCGGGUGGUGGUGAUCGGAGAGGGAGUCAAUGCAGUCGGAAUGAUACUCUUGCUGAGGAAGAAAGUUGGACAUGCAACCCUGGAACUUGUUGCUCAAUGCAACGAUUAGAUAUUUGAAAUUGAAACCGAGUUAUACUUUUGAUUACAAGAAAAUAAAACAGCAUUUACUUGUAUAAAUGUAUAUUUACUGUACUUCAUUAACAAAAAGGUGCAUUUUUAGUA